AUGGAGGUGCAGUCUGAGUGCGUGGAGCCUCCUGUGGCCCCUCAGUGUGACCCCCAGCCCACUGGGAAGAUCAACAAAGCUGCCUUCAAACUCUUCGGAAAGCGACGCACCGGCUCUGGAAUGGCCAGCUUCUUCUCCUUCAGGAACAAAGGGGCCACAAACAGCGGGAGCAACGGGAAUUCUGACAAUGGGAAUUCUUUGAAUGGGAAUGGCUCGGCGGUGGAGCUGGUUCGGAGUAAAACCCACGAUGGACUAAUAGGCUCAACCAACGACACUGAUGGACAGAGAGGGGACGGGCUCGCCAGCCUGGAAGCAGGACCGGUGAGGUCUCUCAGCAAAUCCCUGAGUUUCUUCUCUCUCCUCCGACGUGGGAGUUUUAGGUCGAGUGAAAAUGGGGGGUCGGGACUUGUUAGAAGAGGGAGGGGCCUAAAGGGCUUCUUCAGCAGCAUGCGAUGGAGACGAAAGGAAAAAACUAACGAGGGAGAUGGGGUCGAGGUGGAAGGUCCCAAGGAGAAGGAUGGGGAUAGUACCGACUCUGAGAAGGUAAAGGAUAUUACUCUCACCCUUGAACCACCUCCGCAUCAUCACCAAGAGGAUUGUGGGAAUGAAGAGGCAGAGCCCAACCUCCAAGCAGCAGAGACUCCCAUUACUACUGUUACCAUGACACCACCACACUGUGUUGCCAUGACAGGGCCAUCUGUUGAACCAGACUCCCCCGUUCCUUACACACCCACUGACUCGCCGCUGCGGCCGACCAUUCAAAAAGCCAAAGCCUCAAUUUCCAGCCUCACCCCCUCACUUGCUUCGCCCCCCUUGGACCGCUGCAGCACGGGGGACCCACCCUCGGAACCUUCGGUGGACAGACUCUGCUCUCUUCUCUUCAAUGACGUCACAUCUCUUAAGAGCUUUGAUUCACUGACAGGCUGUGGGGACAUUACUGCCGAUGCAGACGAUGAGGGUCCGGCGGGUAAUGGGGGCAGUGGCACGAGCAGCAGCAGUAGUGGCGGAGGAGGGGGGCCUGUGGCAGCAAGUGUUGGGAGAGCUGUUGGUGUCGCUAGUGCCACAUCCCGCGGAUCCCCGUCCAAACCCCCUCUACCUUCCCAGCUCAGCCAGCCCAUCUACUCUGUUUCCUUAAGCUCAGGGCAUGCCUCCCUCCCAGCCAGGGCUCGGGCUCCACCUCCACCUCAGCAGCACCCAGCUGGUAGUGGUGUGGUGGCUUACAUGGGUGGAGGGGAAGAAAUGGCAAGUCCAGAAGGCGUGGACGAUGCAGACAUGCAAGGGCUCUGGCACAUGCUGCCCUCCACGGGGGACAACUCUCCGGCUUUGCCCAGAUUGCACCAACCUCCCUCCACCACCCCUACUUCCACGUAUCCCCCUCGCUCCAACCCCUCUAGCAGCCACCUUUCUCUAGCCUCCAGGAUUUCGGAACGGAAGGUACCCCAGGUGAAGGCAUUGGGGCUCAGCAAAAUUCCAGUAGUCGGUGGAGCUGCAGUCCGGGCAGCUAAAAGCUCCCUCCCUCACACACAUGGCCGCCAUCCAACAUCACCUGGGGAGAAGGAGCCACUCAGUGAUGAGGGCUACUGGGACACACCCUCAGCAACACCCACAGCGACGCCUGAUGAGAGCAGGCUGCAGCGUAACCAGAGGAUGGCCCUAUCACGCGACAGCUACUCUGGAGACCAACUGUAUGACCUUUACGAUGACCCUGAAGAGCGUCAAUAUGAUGAAGAACAGGAAGGCGAUGACGAUCUAAACAGUACCCCUUCUCCAUCUACUGAGUACAAACUGAGCCCCACAUCCCAGACAACUCCUCCUUCCUCCUCCUCCUCUUCUUCAUUUCGAUCGAUGAAAGGCAGCGCCAGCCUUCCACGGGACUCCAAAAUCCCAGUAAGCAACAAACAGUCGUCACCACCCCACUCUGUGAGCCAGUCAGCCCUGUCGUCCGUGGUGGAGGCUGAAUCCCAACCACCAAAGACCGAAGCGCCUCCCCCAGUUCGCACCAGAAUCCCUGUAUCCAAGGUGCCUGUCCGUCGAUCUGGAAACCAACCCGGCAGCAGAGGAACUGCCCACAAGAAGUAA